AAAAUGUAGUCUUGAGGCUUUGAGAAAGAACAACGGCUUCAAACAGUUGGGCCUGCUUGGCUUUUGAGAAUUCAGCAAAUUUCGGCACAAAGAGAGUAAUCUUUGCAAAGGGUUUCAAGCUGAAUUGCUUGGUUGAUAAAGUGAUGGAUGGGAAGACAUCAUCUUUAGUGAAUGAUGCAGUGGAUUGUUUUGCUAAAGGGGAAAUUUUGGACCCUAAUAUCUCAAUAUUGGUUAUGAAUUUUGAGAAUGAAUCUGAUCCUUUUGGAGCAAUCAGUAAUCCGCUCUAUCAGACUACUACUUUUAAGCAGCUGCUUUGGUUUUACCCGCUAUGUAUCUGUAGCAUGGUUCUAAGCAUCAUCUGGUAUAAUGACAUUGCCAAGUUUGGGUAUACUGCAAUGGGACGAUCCAAGUUCACAGGAGAGAAAGACUCAAGUCAAAGCAAUUCUCCAACUUCACAAAAUGCUAGUCAUGUAAAAAGGCCAACUUCACAAAAUUAAUUAAUUAACUGUAAGAACUGAUUUGAGACCCUAACAUAAACACUUUUGUUAUUGAUUUUAGCUGUAAUUAUUGGUUUUUGUUGUUGAUUAGGCUUCAUGGAAGCUGUUAAUUUAGCAGUAAUAUAUAUGCUUAAAAAAUGUGUGACAAAUAAAAUGUGUGUAUAGCACUAAAGAUCGCAUUAUAUAGCGGAUGCAUGAGAAAAUGGUGUAUCUUGUAGUGGCACCAACUUAUCUCCCUGCUCAUCACUUCACUACCAAAGAUGUAAAUGGAAACCCACAUGAAUUCAACCUCAUCGAUGAUGGUAUUUGUGUCAAUAAUCUGGUAUACAUUUUUAACUUAUUAUUAUUAG